GCGGUCGCGAGCUCCCGUCCCAUAUCGCUCUCGAACAACUCUCGAAGUGUAAAGUUAUUUGGAUUUCUGACGUGUUUGUACAACAGUUAUGGACGUCGUUAAUGUGUAAUUCUGUGAAAGUGAUUGCAAGACUUGUGAAAUUCAUAUCUUCGAAUGCAUCAUGUUAUUGAAAUGACGUCGACUCAAUAUGGGCAUAGCUCAAUUAUUUCCAGCGAAAUGUGGCGUUUACAUCUUUUUUAUCAUCACCCAUAUACCGAUACUGCAAGGUGAAGAACAAUUUCAAUGCCCGAGCCUAACGGAAAACCCUAUUUGCCCUUGUUAUAAUUUCAAAGAAGGUUUAUUUCUCGAGUGCCCGAGCGCUACACCUGGUGUAGUAAAAAAUGUGCUGCUGAAAAUUAAAGGAGCUAUUCAGUCUCUUUCCAUUUAUGACCUCGAAAGUUCUACAACGGAACUGAAUUCUGAUAUGUUUCCGACUCAAACCAAAAUUAUUAAUUUACAAAUUUCGCAGUCUGCAAUUGAAAAAAUUAAAUCUAACACAUUUGCACCAUUUCGCGAUUCGUUGACGUCUUUGAGUAUAAUUUCAGGAAAAUUAAACCAGGUUCCACAUGACUCGCUUCUAGAACUAAACAGAAUCGAAGCCAUUGAUUUACAACUUAACGAUAUCCGUGAGAUUGAAUCUAGGUCAUUCGAUGGAUUGAAAUUGAAGAAGAUAAAUUUAAAAGGAAAUAAAAUAGCAAAUAUAUCAGAGGACGCAUUUAAUACUUUAGACAAAACAUUAACUGAGUUAGAUAUGACGGAAAAUUUUUUAGACGCUUUUCCUUUAAAAUCCUUAGGAAAAUUAACGAAGCUAACGAAUUUGAGACUAGCUUGGAAUAAGAUUAGCAGUAUACUAGAAAGUGAUGAUAUUAAUCUUCCCAGCUUAUCGACUCUCGAUCUGAGUUCAAACUUUUUCGUAAUUCUCGAAAAAAAUCGCUUUAAAUGUAUGCCAAAUAUAAAGACUUUGACUUUUUUUAGCAACCAAAUACAUAGUAUUGAUGAAGAAGCAUUCUAUUCCUUAGGUAAAUUAGAAACGAUAGAUUUAAGUAGAAAUAAAAUUGUAAGUAUAAGUAAAGGAACAUUUCAGAAAAAUCAGAAUUUACGUACGAUUGAUUUGAGCUAUAAUCAUCUGCAUCUUAUCAAAGGUGUAUUUUCUAAUCUUCGUCAACUUUCAGAAGUGUUUUUGUCCGAAAACAAUAUUUUUGAAAUAACUGACGAUGCUUUUUUAAAUGCAACUAGCCUUACGGUUCUUAAUUUAGAGCAUAAUGCUAUCAACAACUUACAUUUCAAUUGUUUCGAUUCUUUGGAAAAUUUAACACAAUUACAUAUGGGAUCAAAUUUCUUGAAAAAACUUCCUAAAAACAUUUUUAGAUUUAACAGUAAACUAGUAAUAUUAAGCUUGGAUAACAAUAAAAUUAACGAAUUAGACGAUUUAGUUUUUAACGAACUGACUGCGUUGCGAGAGAUACGUUUACAGAAUAAUCACAUUAUUCACAUUAAGAGGAAUCUUUUCAAUCCAUUACCGAGUCUAUUAGAACUCCAUUUGCAACAUAACUUAAUUCAAAGUAUCGACUCCCACGCAUUUAUCACUCUUAAAAAUCUACAACACAUAAAUCUGCAGAGCAAUCGACUGAAGACUAUCGGUGACAUAUUUCCCAAUAGAAAUUCGUCGCUCGUUUCCAUUCAGCUCAGUGCAAAUAAUUUAUCGUUGCUAAAAAAUAGUUCACUUAGGGGACAAAAGAAUGUGCAGAUAAUGUGGCUUAAUGAAAAUAGUAUUAACACUUUAACAACCAAUCUUUUUGAUGACCUAUUAAAUAUUCAGAGAUUGUAUUUAAAAAAUAAUAAUAUAAUGUACAUAGAAAAUAGAACUUUUGUUCACUUAAAAAGAAUUAAAUAUUUAGAUCUGAGUAAUAAUAGAAUAUCAAUAAUAGGUAAUGAAACGUUUUACAAUUUAUCAACGCUAGAAGAACUUUAUCUGCAGACUAAUGACUUAAAGCACAUAGCAAAAAAUGCUUUCAUGUAUUUCAAGAAACUAAAAAUUUUAGAUCUCUCCGACAACAACAUUUUGUUCCUGGAUUUUAACCUCUCAGCUCUAUCGAUUAAACAGCUUCGGCUCAAUCAAAAUUUUAUAUCGAUGAUAAAUUCAGAAUCUAUUAAGUCAUUACCAAAUCUUAGCAACUUGGAAAUGAAAAGCAAUUCUUUAACAAGUAAAGAGAUAAUCGAAGUUCAAAUUCCAGGAUUGAAAUCGCUAGAAUUAUCAAGAAAUAAUUUUACUACCUUGGAAAAUAGGACGUUUUCUCAUUUACCUUCACUACAGUCUCUAACUUUAGAAGAGUCCAACAUAUCUCAUCUUCCUUCGGCCACCUUCAUAAAAAAUCAGAACUUGCUUAGAAUUAAUCUGGCUAGAAAUAAUUUAAAAGAUUUACACAAAGAUGUUUUCGCUUACACUGCGAUUUUACAGGAACUAAAUCUGAACCAAAAUUCGUUCGUUGAAUUCCCGCACGUGGCGUUAUUUAACGUUACAUCCCUAGAAAUACUUCAUUUAUGUCACAACCAACUACAAAGCGUAGAUUUCUUCAAAUUCGUUGGUCUGCAAAAUCUGAGGACUCUAAAUUUGUGUGAUAAUCGUAUUUCGUUUCUUAGUGGUUUCAAUUCACCAUCCCUGAAAAAUUUGAUAAUGGUCAAUUUGAGUAGGAACUUGCUAACAGUUUUACCACCAAAUUUUUUUCAACACUCAUUAGGACUAAAACAGAUCGACCUUUCUCACAACUUGUUCAAGCACAUCCCCAGUAAUGGGUUGUCUGAAGCUGUACUGCCAGCUCUAACUUCAUUAAACAUGUCUUCAAAUUUGUUAGUUCAACUACUUCAAACAUAUCCUAUAAAACAGUUUCCUCUACUUGAGGAGCUAGUCGUAUCUAACACCAACUUGAGCAUUAUUACGAGUAAAGAUUUUGAGAAUUUUCCGUCAUUAAAACGUUUGACUCUGACAAAGAAUUCUAUUAUUCGACUAUCACCUGGGGCAUUCUCGAAGUUAUAUAAAUUAGACUUUUUGGAUAUCAGUCAAAAUAAGUUAGAAAAUAUCCCCCGAGAAAGGCUGCAAGGCUUAUAUUCUGUAAGAGCUAUUAACGUCUCUCACAACACUAUCAAAGAGCUAGAAGAGUUUACAGCCGAUUUGCAAAAUUUAAAAGUCCUCGACUUGUCGAGCAAUCAUAUCACAAGAAUAAGUAAAGAAAUCUUCCGAAACCUUAGAAGUUUGAAUGAUUUAAGGUUGGGCGGAAAUUGGUUGUCCUAUAUAGCGUACGACGCUUUCAAAGACGUCAACAAAUUAUUGUACCUGGAUCUAACUAGAAACUAUUUCGAGGUCAUACCUUUAAAAUUACUUUCGUCCCUGGAAACACAAAUUAAAAACAUUGCAUUUGACGGAAAUCCCCUGACAUGCAAUUGCGAGUCUCAAGAAGUAUGGAGGUGGAUGCGGGAUCACUACAAAAUAAUUCUAAAAGGCAGCAGCAGUUUGCGGUGCGAGCAUCCAGAAGAGAAGCACGGAUACGUGUUCUUUGAACUGCCGCUGCAAAAACUGUGCGAUGUGCCAGUCUUAGUUCGGAUCGCGAUACAAGACAUCCAGACUUAUUCCGUUUUAGUUUCUUGGCAAAGUCGCAAUCAGAGCGGCUUAAACGGAUAUCAAGUAGCUUACUUCAGGGAACAAAUGCCAAACAUUAUUCGGGGUAAAAUACUGAAUUCCACGGCGAGAACGACGAGAUUGAAUCACUUGACUCCGGGCGCUCGGUACACGAUCUGCGUCAUAGCUGUCGGCAAUUUCGGCAACUACUCGGAGUCGUCGCUCCCGGUCGCGCGGGUCGCACCUUCUUACGAAAACUUCGGCGCCAACCUGUACGGGGACGAGCAAGUGUUCAACAACAUAAGGCCGCUGAUGGUCGACUCCCAUUUUAGCAAAUGUACCAGUGUAAGUACGAUAGAGAUUUUCGGCGCGGCCAUGGACAGUCCGUUUUCGAACACGUACAUGGGAAUCGCUGACAUUCUGACGAGAAGACUAAGUUUGGUUGUAGGGUGUUGUAUAGGUUUUAUCGUCUUUAUCGUUUUAGUGUCGGCUUUAGGGUAUAUGAAAACAAAGAAACGUCCAAUUUUACCGAAAGUCGAUGUGCAGCAGACUCCCCAGUAUAUAUCUUACGACAAUUUCACUGCCCCGAAUGUGGAGACACAUACGACAGACAUGGACAUCAACACAGUCACAGAAAAAGCAUCUCAGUUCAAGUCGUGCGAAUAGCUUACAAGUACAAAAAGUAUAAUAGUAACAGUAUGUAAAGUAUUGAUUGACUAUAGGGAAUAAAAUAUGCAAAAACAUCACACAGCAAACGUAACAAAGCUUAAAAUUAGAAAAGAAUCUGUAAUCAAUAAUCAUCCGAGUAAAAUUAAUGAAUC